AUGUAUAUUAAUUUGGGACUUUUCAUUGCAUUGGGAUGUGGAUCCGCGCUUUCGUAUUAUGAAACUUCAACAUCGUCUAUCGAGUCACCAUUUGACGACUACAAAGCACUUUUUGUAGUUGGAAGCGCAAUAACAACCUUGACAAUCAUUCCAGGGAUGAUAACAAAAUUUUUAAGUGACCAUUUCGGGCUCAGCGAUUAUGACCCGCCAACAAGAAAUAAAAUAAGCUUUUGGUCAAUAUAUCCAAUCAUUUGGACUCUGUCAUGGUCGUUGCUAAGACGAUACUCGCCAGUUGGUUCUUGGGGUGACUGGAGUUAUACGUUGGAUUCAUCCGGAUAUUCUGGAAAUCCUAUAAUGCAGCUUGCAUCAAUAGGAGGUUUAUCGGCCAUAAAUCUAUUGCUAUCAACGUGGUCGGUGGUUGCUAGCAAUCACAUUAUUUAUAAAUAUAAAAUAAAGGAUAGGAAGAAACGAUUGAUUUACCAACAAUCAAGAGACAAUGAAAAUACUCCUCUAUUAAUUUCUUCUUCUCGAAACACCCCAUCAAUACUAGCUAUUUCUAGUGGUAAUAAUAGAAUUACAAGACCAACCGAUCCUGCAUUAACUAACCUGGAACAAAAUUUAAAAUUUAAUUAUAAUGCGGCAUUAGGACUUUUUGUUUUUUUAUUUGGAGUAAUCUUUUUUUAUAAUUUUAGAUUAAGCCAUUUCGAAAAUACCGAACCAGUUGAAUUGAUAAGGGUUGGAUGUAUGUUACCAGGUGCUGGUAUAACACGUGAUGAAAUGUUGACAGCUACGGCUGAUCUUGGUACCAGUAAAGCCGUCAAAAUUAUUUUAUGGUCAGAGUCUGCACUUCCGUUACAUUCUCAAGAGGAAUAUAGUGAAUUAUUAGAAAAUGUAAUGAAUAAGUCCUCUACAUACAAAUUUUGGUUAGGAUUUACUUACACCAUACCAACGGGGUACAGCAACAAAAAAAGAAACAUGCUCACGUUCAUUGGACCAGAUCAUAAAGAUAUUUUAUUUGAAUAUCAAAAAACUCAUCCAGUAUGGUUGGCAGAGUCUUGGUCGACAGAGGGCGGAGAAGGAAAAUUGCCGAUUGUAGACGUAGAAUAUGAAGAUAAAAACAAAAAGCAUCAUCGUAACUAUACUACUGAUUUAAGAAUUAGUGGAGCAAUUUGCUUGGAUAUGGACUUUCCUGAACUAUUAAACCAAGCAUCAUCAGCAAAUUUAGUUCUUUCGCCGGCACAAACCUUCUCAACUUAUGUAGGUUUGCAACAUUUAAGAAUGUCGUCAAUCAGGGCAAUCGAAAAUGGGUAUUGGAUACUACGUUGUGAUCAAGGCGGUGCAAGUGGUUUGAUAGAUCCAUUAGGUAGAAUUCGUAAUUAUGAAAUUUCCAUAAGAAAAAAUAUCCAACUGAUUACUUGGGAUGUCCCAUUCGACUCCAUAAAAAAAGUUGAUACUUAUUACGGAGCCUUGGGUGAAACUUUGGUGUGGGUUUUUAUAGGGUUCUUAAUUUCGUCGAGAGCUUAUUGGGUAUUUGGAAAAGAAAGCCAUGUUGAGUUUGUUCGAAAUUUUGUAGAUAACUUUUAUAGUGAUAAAGUUCAAUAUAUAGAUGAUCGAAUUGAAAAUAUUAUUUUGAAUAAUUUUUAA